CCUCAGACCUCUCUUCUUCUCUCUCCUUUCUCAUGGAGGCGGCGGCGUUAGCACGCCUCUCCUUACCCGGCGUCGGAGUCGGCGGCGGCGGCGGCGGCGGCGGCGGCGGUGUUGCUUUUCCUGUAAGCCGCGGCCGCCUCCUCGCUGUGAAGGAGAAGAAGAAGCAGCAGCUCCACGCUCCCAUCUCUGCUUCUACUUCCGCUUCUGCUUCCGCUUCUGCUUCCGCUUCCGCUUCCGCUUCUGCUUCUGCUUCUGCUGGGAACGAAGAAGCGCUUCGCUAUGAUUCCAAGGUCGAAACCUUGUUGGACAGUGUGAAGUGGGACAACAAGGGGUUAGUGGUUGCCAUUGCCCAAAAUGUAGAUACUGGAGCUAUUCUUAUGCAGGGAUUUGCUAACCGAGAGGCCCUUGCGACAACCAUUUUGUCUCGAAAGGCUACUUUCUUCAGCCGAUCUCGAUCUUCAUUGUGGACAAAGGGGGAGACCUCCAAGAAUUUCAUCAAUGUCCUCGACAUUUUUCUCGAUUGCGAUCGCGAUUCAAUUAUAUAUCUUGGAAAGCCUGAUGGACCUACUUGCCACACUGGGGCUGAGACCUGCUAUUACUCGUCAGUUCAUGAUCAAUUAGAAGGUCCAAAGCCCAACCAAGAUUGGCUCGCUGCAACGACUUUACAAUCAUUGGAGGCAACAAUUUCUAGACGCAAGGAAGAAAUCGAAGAAGCACAAAAUAGGAAGCCAUCAUGGACAAAGAAGCUACUGCUGGACAAAGAGUUGCUUUGCUCAAAGGUUCGCGAGGAGGCUGGAGAACUCGUUCAGACACUGCUUGAGGGCGAGGAUAGAUCUCGCACAGCAUCAGAGAUGGCCGAUCUGCUUUAUCAUUCAAUGGUAUUGCUUACAGCGAAGGAUGUGAAGAUAGAAGAAGUUCUUGAAGUCCUCAGAAGAAGAUUUGCUCGGUCCGGUAUUGAGGAAAAGAACAGUCGCAAGUAAUCUGAUCAAAGCCUUAACCUAAGAAUGAGAGCUGGUGGAUCAAGUGAACUCUUCAAGCUUCGAGCUGAAUACAUGAGUUGGUGGAUCAAGUGAACUUCGAAACUGCAUUGCAGUUCAUGAUGCUUCUGUUGCGUACUAUCAAGAGUAGCGAUUAUUCCCAGGCCUUUUUUUAUUUAUAUGUAGACAAAUUUUCUGUUGCGUUAAGUUAAUUCUUGAUAAUGGAUAAUGGUGUAUGCGACAUCUUUGAUCAGUUCAAAUAAAGAGGCUUAUUUGAAAGGAA